AUGCAGAGCACUUCGUGGCCAGAGCGAUUUGUUGACUUGAAACGCCAGAUAGUCGAGGCUACGCCCGACUAUGAGAAGCGUCUCACAGAGUCUUGGAAGGAUCUCCUCGGAGAGCUCGACAAGCGUACCGCCGAUAUUGCGCAAGCUGGCCCGGAUUAUAUCCCUCAAGUCCGGUAUGACGACCUUGAUAAGCUCUCCGCCGAGGAAAUCGAUAUUAUUCGGCGCAAAGGCACCGUCAUCAUCAAGGAUGUUGUCAAUGACGAUGAAGCCCGAGCGUGGAAGACUGCACUUGAUGACUUUGUCAAAGCUAAUCCCCAUGUUAAAGGCUUCCCUGAGCAAGACAAACAAUUCUUCAUGCUGUACUGGACACGUCCACAAGUGCAAGCUCGCGCACACCCAAAUGUCCUCAAAGCUUCCGCAUGGCUAAACAAGCAGUACCAUGUUAAGUCAGGCAAGCUACUCGAGGGCGUCGACCUCAAUGUUCCCCUUGUAUAUGCCGACCGAUUCCGUAUUCGCCAUCCUGGCCCAGGAUGGGACAGGUUCCCCCCUCACGUCGAUGGUGGUGCAAUUGAGCGCUGGGAAGAUGAAAGCUUCCGUAAAUGCUACGCUGAUAUUCUCAGUGGCAACUGGCGCGCGCACGACCCAUAUGAACUCGAGGGUCGUCUGGAUGCCCGGAGCUCGUUAUAUGGUAGACCGGGACAAGCGACUAUAUUCAGGUCCUUCCAAGGUUGGUUGGCAAUGAGUGAGGCCGCUCCAACACAGGGAACGCUCCGGGUAUUCCCUGAUCUCAUGCUCUCAAACGCAUACACUAUUCUCCGCCCGUUCUUCCGCCCCACCGUCCCGCUCGACUCGGAGGACAUCCUCAAGCCAGAAAAUUGGGUGUUUGACAUCUCAACCCCUGAUUUCCCUGGUAUUUUAAUUUUUGCAGACGGAUUCUCUGGUCCGCGUCCGACGCCAGAACUGCACCCGCACCUCAGGCUUGAGAAGACAAUGACCUCUGUGCCGAAGGUCAACCCGGGAGAUAUGGUUUUCUGGCACUGCGAUGUCGUGCACUCGGUUGAGGAAGAGCACACCGGUCAAGAAGAUUCGGCAGUGAUGUACAUCGGCGCGGUGCCACAGACACCCAUGAAUACCGAGUACGUGAAGAAACAGGCAGAGACGUUCCUCGCGGGCAUCAAUCCUCCCGACUUUGCAUUCGACGCGGAUGUGAAAGAACCUAUUGCGCGAAUUGCGAUGGGACUACCAAUUCAAGUUGCGUAA